UGUAUAAAUUUGUUUACUUGUUUGUUUUAGUGUAUAAAAAUUGACUUAUAAAUCCAGAACAAUUGAAAAGCGUUAAAAAAUAGUCUGCUUGCGGUAUCUUCGAUGCCGGCAAUUGGCGGUCGACCACUGUCUGACACCGUAUACCUUGCGGUAGGCACAUCAAUUGAUAUAACCGCAAACAGCUAUGGCAAAAAUGUGCUGCGUACGUUCUGCUAUCCGGGAAAAUCACGCUCACUAUUCAGCCUAUUUGAAACGGUGGAGCUAAUACUUUCCAUUGAUAGUGAUGACUACUCUGAAUAUGGCGGGCGCUCGCCCGACGAAGUACUUAACCACUACAAUGAAAAGCGUUCGCUAUUUAGCCUCACGCUCUUCUCACAAAAGCGCCAAAACAUUCAGAUGUCCCCGUUUGAGCAGCAGUGCAUCGGCGUUUCCUCUAAUCAGCCAUACAACAUCAGCCUGAGGCACGUAAAUGUAGAUAUGUGGCGCUUGGUACAGCUGGCCCUUGGCAUGGCGCUCUUCUGGAGCGCCAGUCGGUUGGCUAAGAACAACGUCUUCUACUAUUUGGCCGGUAUGGUGCUAGGCAUUUGUGCCUCGUUACUAGUAAUCAUUGCUAUCACAGCCAAGCUUUUUCCGCGCCGACCCAUGAUGUACGGCGUACUAAUCGGUGGAUGGACUAUCGGACUUUACAUACUCAAACAGCUAUCGGAUAACAUUCGGGUUAUAUUGGUCACCUAUCGCGAGUAUGUGCUCUGGUAUUUGGCGAUUACUGGGCUGGUGUCGUUUCUGGUAUGCUAUCGCAUCGGACCGCCCAAGAAUCCGCGCUCGCAGAACAUUAUCAUGUGGGUGCUACAGGCAGUUGGCGCUGCAAUCGUUUAUUUCAGCAGCUGGCAUACUAGUGCCUGCGUGGUGCUGUUGGUGCUCACCUUUAUAGCCCAUUAUUGUCCGGAGUCGGUGCAGAAAUACGCACACAGCAUUUAUAGACGCCGCUUUCCACCCAAACGUCGCCUGCUUACACAGGAGGAAUACUAUGAACAGGCUGUCAAUGAGACGGCACGCUCUCUGGCUGAGCUGCGUGACCAUGUCAAUAGUCCGCACUGCCGUCAAUGGAGUAUUAUAAGCUCGUUACGCGAUCCGAUGCGAUUUGCAUCCUUUGCAAAUGGUGCACCUCAUUUGUAUGAUGAAGAGAUCGAGGAUUACUCGCGGACCAUUGAGGACUCCCUGGAGGGCGCUGACGAGGACGAGGUUGGUGACUAUCUACACUCCAACAUGUACUACCGACCCACAGGAAGACGCCCCAAUCAACAGCUCACUGCACCCAUGCCGCCCUCAUACCCAGUACAUCCCUUGCCACAGGGCAGACAGCUUAACAACAACCAUAACGACGACGACGAGGACAAUGAUGAAGAUGAUAAUGACGAUGACGAGUUUAUGGAUCAGGAGUAAAUCAAGCCAGACUUAAAUACACAAGACUCAAUAGUUUAUAAAAUUCAGGAAGUUUAGUUACCUAGUCGAGGCCAAAAAAUAUGUUUCCUUAGGACCCUUUCUUAAAUUAUUGCUAGUGGAAGAAGUGUAUGUAUAUAUACAUAUUUAUUAUUUAUAAUCCGUAUAUACCUAGAGAUCAUCAAAGAUACGUCAAUACAUAAGUCAACCUUUCACUGCACAGCCAAACAUCAGCACGACAACAGACGAUGAACAGGAGUAAAUUAUGGCAGACUUAAAUACACAGAAAACUAGUUAAUAAAAUUCAGUUCAGUUAACUAAACGAUGCCAAAAGAAACUUUCCUUUAAAAUUGAUUUCUUAACUUACUUAAAUAAUAGUUAUAUAAAUUAAUUGCCUCGCAAAACCCUUUACAUUAGUUUAUAACAUCAGGUCUGACAUUAAAAUUACAACAACGGCGACUACAGAAGAUGACAAUGAACAGGAGUAAAUUUAGGCAAACUGAUAUACACAAGACCUAAUAGUUUAUGAAAUUCAGAAAGUUAAGUUACUUAGUCGAAGACGAUAUAUAUUUUACUUAAAACGUUUUUUGUAGUUUGAUGCUACUUAAAUUAUAGUUUGUGGGUGGAGUGUACAUAGAUAUUUUUUAAAUUAUAUUAAUUAUACAUUUUGGAAGCAUCAAGUUCUAUAAAUCAACUUUUCACUGCCCUCAGCCCAAACAGUCAAUACGUUACUUGCCUCAGCACAGACUGCAACACAACAAGCUCGAAAACAGACGAUGGCGAAGUAAUGAAUA